AUGAAGAAGAUUCCUUCUGGAUUCCUCUCUUUACUUCUCCUCCCCUUCGUUCUCUUCUUUCUUUAUUCUUCUUCCCUCUCUCUGUCUCUCUAUAUCUCUUUCUCACUCACUCUCAUUCACUCACUCUCCCACGAAAACACCUUCCAUUUUCUUUCUUCCUUCCUUCUUGGUUGCUCUCUCCCUCACUCUUUCAGUUUCUAUCUAUUUUUCUUUCCUUUUUUGGACUUUCUUUCUUUCUCUCUCUCUCUCUCUCUCUCUCUCUCUCUCUCUCUCUCUCUAUCUAUCUAUCUAUCUCAGUCUGUCCACAUCUAUCUAUGGCUUUUCAUUAUCUAUCUAUCUAUCUAUCUCUUUCUCUUUAGGUCGACGCCAUUUCUUUGCACAUUUGUUCAAAUCAAUUCUUUCUUCCUUUGGGUUUUCUCUCUUUGUCCCUUGCUGUGGUCAACGGUGCACGCCAUCUUAGAUCAACCAACCAUGACAUCUUUUAAUGGGCCUCGGAUUUCUUCACCAGCGCCGCCUGACUUUUUCGACACAGCCGCACGACAGAGUCUGCGAGAUGAGGUUGGGGGAAGCAGAGAAUUCAAAGAUCGAUCCCGACGAAGGGCAAGCAAAUAA